AUGUUAAAUAGUCAAUCUCAUCAAAAUUUGAAUUCAAAUGAUCAAUUAAAUUAUCCUUCAAAUUCAAGUAUUACAUCUUCAACAAAUACUACUACUACUACUAAUUGUAAUGAUUUUACAACUUCAAUUAAAACUAAAAAAGGUUUAUCUUAUGUAAUAGGAGAAAGACAAACUAAAGAAAAUCAUAUUUUACCAAUUACAAAAAUUGAAUUUUCUUCAGAUUUAAAUCAACUUUUUACAUGUUCAAGAGAUGGUACAGUUAAAUGUUGGUCAAAAGAUUAUGAUAAUAAUUAUAAUAAUAACAAUAAUAAUAUUAUUAUUGAAAAUGAUACAAUUAGUGAAUUUGAAACAUGUAGUGAUAUUGAUGAAAAAUUAUUAAAAUUAGAAACAAGUAUUUCAAGUAAUUAUUUAAAUUAUAAUCAACAACCCAAAAAUGAAUAUAAAGUGAUAAAAUCUUUUAAUAAUCAUAUAGAUCAUAUUAAUGAUCUUGUUUUAUGUGAAAAUCAAAAUUUAAUCACUUGUUCAUCUGAUUUAAGUAUAAAAAUAACCAAUUUAAACAAUAAUUAUGUUAAUAAUUUAAAUAAUGUUCACCAAGAUUAUAUUAAAUGUUUAAGUUAUGAAAAAUUUAAAAGUAAUACAUUGUUUAGUGGUAGUUUAGAUGGUAAAGUAGUAUGUUGGGAUUUAAAUACUUUAAAACCAACACAAAUUAUAGAAAAUAAUAGAGUUUCAGAUUAUCUUCCAAGUUCAAUUUAUUCACUUGCAUCAAAUUCAAAUUCUAAUAUUGUAAUUACUGGUGGUCCAAGUAAUACAAUAAAUGUAUUUGAUUUAAGAGCUAAUCAAGAUAUUUUAGUUAAAAAACUAAUUGGUCAUCAAGAUAAUAUACGUUGUUUAGCAAUGAAUGAUAAAUAUAUUUUAAGUGGAAGUUCUGAUACAACUAUUAAAUUAUGGGAUCUUAGAACUUUUAAAGUUUAUAAAAAUUUUGAUAUUCAUGAUGAUCCAGUUUGGUCAUUAACUUGUAAUGAAAAUUUUACAGAAUUUUAUACUGGAGAUAAAUCAGGAAGGAUAGUUAAAACUGAUUUAACUAAUUUAUUUAUUAAUCAAGAUUUAAAUGAAAAGUUUUUCAGUGGAGAUAUUUUCAAUAAAAAUGAAAAAACAAUGAUUGAUGAAAAGUUAGGAAUUUCAACAAUAAUUUCAAAAUGUAAUACUCCAAUAUUAUCAAUUUGUAAAGAAUCAAAUAAUGAAACUUUAUGGUGUUCAAAUUAUGAAAGUUUAAAUCAAUAUAUAAUACCAAAUACUUUUAAUUUAUCAAAUUAUCAAUAUUUAAGAGCUUGUUCAGAUUAUGUUAAUAAUAGAGAUAAUAAUAUUGAUGUUUUGAUAAAUCAAGAUUCUGUAAAUUCAUCAAAUGGUCAAGGUGGAGAAGAUUUAAAUUCUGAUUUUUAUGAUUUAAUUUCCCAUUUAUCAUUUGAAACAAAUAAUGAUAAUUUAUCUCAAAUUGAGAAAACUUUUCAUAAUAAUUUUACUAUAACUAAUAAUGAAUCAGAAAUUAAAGAAGAUUAUUUAUCAAUGAUUUUAAAUACAAAUGGUGGACCAUCAUUAGAAUUUAUAAAUACAUAUAAAGAUGAAACUUGUUUACAAAAUUUACAUGAAUAUUUAGAUUUAACACCCUUGGAAAUUUUAUUAAAUCCAAUUUCAAAAGAACAAAUUACACAAAUUCCAUUUAAUAUUAAACCAAGUAAUAAAUUUGAUAUAGUUCCUAAAUCAGUAAUAUCAAAAAGAUUUUUUAAUAAUAAACGUCAAAUAAUGGCUUUAUAUUUAAAUGGAGAUAUUAAAAUUUGGGAUAUUUUAAUUUGUAAAGAAUUAAAAUAUUUUCCAUACCCUAAAAAAUCAAAUUCAAAGAUUCUUGAUUUAAAAGAAAUAGAAAUUAGAAUUAAAGAAAUGGAUGAAAUUUUUCAAAAAUAUCAAACUUUUGAUACUUUAAAUAAUUGGUGUGAAGUUGAAAUUAAAAGUGGUAAAUUAUUAGUAAAUAUAAAAGAAACAAGUCUAAUGAAUGUUGAAAUUUAUUAUGAUGAUUUAAUUAAAGAUUAUCCAUUUUUAUCAAUUGAAAAUAAUGAAAGACUUGGUAAAUAUAAAAAUGAAGUGAUAAAUUCAGAUGAUCGAUUUCAUUUAGGUAUUAUUCUUUUAAAUUCAUUAUUUAAUGGUUAUACAAUUUUUGAAAAUUCAUUUGAUCAAUUAUUAAGAGAAGAAAUUUUUAAAAUUAAACCAAAAGAAAUUAAAGAUGAAAAUGAAAGUAUAAAUUCAAGUAUUAGAAGAUUAAAAGCAUUUGGUAGAAAAUCAUCAAGAAAUAAUGUAACCACCCUAAAUCAAUCAAAUCAAUCAUCCCCAUUACAUUCUACAAAUACAAGUGUUGUUGAUUUAUCAAUUGAUCCAUCAACACCAAUAAAUGAAUUUUUAAAUAUUACAGAUGAUCAAUUAUAUAAAACUAUUAAUGAUUAUGAUGAUUCAGUUAUGAAAUUAUUACAAGUUAGUAAAAAAAUUUAUCUUGAUAGAUCAACAAAUCCUCAACCACAAAAUAAUUCAAUUUUAAAUAUUGAUCAAAUAAAUCCAUAUUUAAAUAUUAAUACAUUUAAAGAUUGUGAAUUUAAAUAUUUCCCAAUUAUACCAUUUUCACAAUUUCCUAAAGAUAUGUUAAUUAUUAUAUUUGAACAUUCACCAGAAUUGGGAAAUAUUCGAGAUUUAUAUUCAUUUAAUUUAAAAGAUAUUGAUCAAUUAAGAAAUUGUAAUCCAAAUAUUAAAAAUAAUUUAAUUUUUGAUUUACGUUCAGUCAUUCCUAAAUGGAUUGGACAACCAAUACUUUUUAAUAGAUUAGCAAUUAAAGAAUCACCAAAGAUAACCUUUCAAUUAAUUGAAUGUGAUUAUCUGGAAUUACCUUCAAAUGUUAAAAUUGGUGGUAAAUCACAAAGAAAAAUUAAAAAGUUACCAAUGUUGGAAUCAUCAAUUAAAUUAACAAGUCAUAAUAUGUUGAGAGUUUCAAAAAUAUUAUAUUAUUUAACUGAUAAAUUUGAAAGCAAUACAAAAGAAAUGAAGGAUAAAAAAUUGAAACCAACAGAUUGGUUAGUUAUUGAAUGUAAAGGUAAUGAAUUAAGUAAUGAUUUAACAUUACAAACUAUAAAGACGAAAAUUUGGAAAAGUUCAAGUGAUAUAGAGUUAAGAUUUAGAAGAAAGUUUGAUUCGUAA